AUGUCGAGCUCCAUCGACAGCCCCAGUAUCAUCGACAAGACUCCCGUUGCUGAGGUGGAGGUUCAGCCUCAGCUGACCACCGUGCUCUCAGUCAACGGAGAGGUCAUUGACUUGAAGCCCUCUGAUUAUGAUGACGCUUUGCAGUAUGCUGCCGAAUCUGAAAACCUGGUUAUCGACCCUGUUUACGAGAAAAAGCUCGUCAGAAAAAUCGAUUGGUAUAUUAUGCCUAUGAUCGCGAUCCUGAUGUCCUGCCAAAUGAUGGAUAAGACUACCAAUUCAUACGCAGCUAUUAUGGGCCUUAGAACUGAUCUCCACAUGAGCGCCGAGGAGUAUACCUGGGUUGGCUCUUCCUUUUAUCUCGGAUAUCUAGUAUUUGAAUAUCCAGCAGGUGUCGUUCUUCAGAAAUGGCCGCUAUCAAAAGUAUUGACUGCAGCCAUCUUAAUUUGGGGUAUCGUUCUUAUGUGCCAUGCUGCCUGCCAGGGAGCCGCAACUUUUCUUCUUUGUCGUACUCUGCUCGGAAUUUUUGAGGGCUUCAUGAACCCAGCCUACAUUUUGUUGACCUCGCAAUGGUACAAGAAGGACGAACAGUUCAUGAGAACGUGUUUCUGGUACGGAUCCCAAGGUCUUGGAACUCUUCUCGGAGCUGGUAUUGCACAUGGGCUUUACACAAUGAGAACGGGCGACCAUACAUUGGCUAGCUGGAGGCUCUUUUAUAUCAUAACCGGUGUUAUAACGCUGGUGAUGGGUGUUAUCUCGUUGUUCCACAUUCCCGAUGUCCCCGUCAAGGCUUGGUUCUUGAACGAGACCGACAAGAAAUACUGCGUGGAGAGAAGCAGACAAAACCAACAGGGAUUUGGUAAUCAUCGUCUCAAGACGCCUCAGCUCAUAGAAGCCUUCAAGGAUCCAAUCACCUAUUUGGUUUUCAUCUACGCAUUGACCUACGCCAUUCCUAACGGUGGUCUCAAUAAUUUCGGUUCUAUUUUGCUGAACGACGAUUUCAACUUCUCCACGGGCCAGUCGAUGCUCAUGAACAUGCCAGGUGGUGGUAUUGAUGUGAUAAUCCCUCCUGCUGUUGCUAUUUUGAACCACAAGGUGCUGAGAGACAAGAGAUUGAUAUCUAUGAUCCUCGUCAACUUGCUCUGUGUGGUUGGUUCGUGUUUGCUGACAUUCACAUCUCCCAAGGGCUCUAGAUUGACUGGUUACUACCUUCUCUAUACAUCCACCACCUGUAUGGCUGGUAUGGCCUCUAUUGUCUCUUCAAACGUUGCUGGUCACACGAAGAAGGUUGCCGUGGGUACUUUCUUUCUGAUUGGCUAUUGUGUUGGUAACAUGAUUGGACCUCAGACCUUCAGAGAGUCUCAGGCCCCAGGCUAUGCUGGUGCUAAGACUGCCAUGUUGGUUUCAUACUGUGUGGGUGCCAUUGCCAUGGCCGUGAUGUAUAUGAUCUACCGUUCCAGAAACAACUUCCGCGACAAGAGAAGAAUUGAGAUGGGCGAGAAGUAUGUCGUUCCAGACAACAUCGCAUUUGCUGAUUUGACUGAUAUGCAGAACCCCGAGCUCAGAUAUGAUCUAUAG